CGUGUGUCAGGAUCGAGCGGGAGAAGCCCGAGAAGAGCUCGCAUUUUCAGGGCGGCUGCAAUCUUUCUCAGUUUCUGUGGCAGCAUUGCAAUCUCAUUGCAACUUUGGGAGGCUUGCAGGAGUUGUGCAGGGUGGUGACUUUUGCAGGAAGAGUGCUCAAUCACAUGCAAUUUCAAGGCCAUAGACCCGCCUCAUUGUUGGUGCUUUUGGAGUCCGAAUGCUAGGUUUAGUAGCGGGAACGUUUCGUGAGUCGGAGAUCUUCUCCUGUGCCUGGGUUGUCCUGCAUUGGCGAGGGUCUGCGGUAACUUACUCUCCAACUAAGCUGUAGGAAGCAAAGGCUUGUUCCUCAAGGUUGCUGAUUCCCAAUGUGCCCUGUCAGAAGCAGCACGAGGGGCCGGAGCCUGUUGCAUUUGCAGACCGGAUGAGCGUUCCGCUUCAUGACGCAGCUUCAUGAAGCGUUGGAGCGCCGCCACUCUGUGGACAAUCGUGCACAUCGUGUCGGUUCUCCUUGUCCUCUGCUCGCCUUUCGUCCUGCUCUAUGACGCAGCCUUCAGACGGGAUCCCGAGUACGACCCUAGCCUGACGUCCCAUCGCUUGGUCGACCACUCUGAACAAGUCGCAAAGUUGGACCGUAUAGCCGAGGAGCUUGCUUUCAAGUACAGUGUGGCCCUCGAGGAGACCAAGAACACCGCGCAGCACAGGAUCAUUGUGUUUGACUGCCUCACGCCGCGGCGGUGUUACGGCCUAGGGGACCGCCUGCGAGGGAUCUCCACUCUGUUCUACCUCUCCCUGCUGACUAGCAGCAGCCUCUUCCUAAAUGUCCAGAUCCCUUACCCCCUGCUUAACUUCCUCACGCCGACGCUGUAUGACUGGAGGAUCAAUGCGACCGUAAGCUAUGAGGGCCAGGUGCACGGGAGGGCCUGCUGGUGGAAUGACAGCACGCUGGCCCCGACGCCGCUGGCGAGACCCGUGGGGGCGCAACUGUUGGGACGGAAGGGAACCUGGCGGCUACGAACGUGGGACAACGAGACGCAGUGGUGGGACUGGCUCACACAAUGGCCACAGCGGUUGUGGCGGCCUGACUUCGAGGGGUUUGACGCGGCGCGGGAGCUCAGCAGUAAACGAAUGCACCGCUUCAUCUGCAACAUUGGGUAUCCACAGGCGUGGGUCACGAAUCUGCACAUGCGGCAAGCGGUCCUCGCGUACGGGCUCGACAAGCUGCAACCGGAGCACCUCUUCUCCGUCUCGAUGCGCAUGCUCUUCAAGCCGUCCCCGUGCAUCAAGGCCGAGAUCGACGAGUACAUUGCCAUGUUCCCGGACUGGAACGACUUCCGGACGCUCAAGAUCGGCGUCCAGAUCCGGACGUGGAUCACGCUCGACGGCUGGAUGAAGGAGUACAUCCGGCCGCCCCCGUGGGAGUGCUACAAGAAGCAGCUGUUCAUUCUGAUGCGGGACGAGGUACGGCGGCUGGCGCUGAGCAUGAACAACACGCGGAGUCGGGACGAGCGGAGGCUGCGGUCGCGGGUGAUCGUGUUUCUGACGGGGGACAGCCAGGAUGCGGUCGAUUAUCUGAUGGCGACGCUGGUGGCGGAGGGGAUCCGGGUGUUCCGCACGGACCACGACCCGUCGCACAUCUUGGAGUCGUCGACAAUGGACCUCGCCGCGAAGACGUACCUGGACUGGUGGCUGCUGACGAAGAUGGACCGGUUGCUGAUAACGCGGAGCGCGUUCGGGGAGACGGCGGCCGCGUACUCGCUCAAGCCGGCCGUCGUGAUCGACGGGUGGGUCCCGGAGUGCACCACGUGGCAGUACAACUACACCUUCCACGUGGACGGCUGAGAGCGGGGCGUGGCCCACUUCGGUGGUGCGUGCGACUCGCAUGAGCGAGUUCCGGAACGGGGGGUUCGCUGUCGGGUCCGGGUAGUGUAGGAUGAUUAGGUUAGAUGAUGAGGUCUCAGCCUCCGGGACCGAGUCAGGCGCGAGUUGACAGGAGAAUAAUUUAUAUUUUCAGAGCAGAGGGUCUCUCUGCUGUAGUGUUAGCUUCUGUGGCUGGUGAUAAUAAACGUGCAAGGGUGCGUCUCGAGCAAGUUUUGCAUCCACCCCCUCACCCGCUUUGAUUAGGAUACAGGAAGCUAGCCAGUAAGCGAUGGCUCCCAGACUUUCGAGGGCAGCCUCGGUUGUCAAUUUCUUCUUUAUGGCUGGCCCGCAAGCGACCCGUGUUCAUUCAAAAAGAGUAGCUGCAAAUUACCUUAGGUAGGUCUUACCCUUAACGCUUUGCUGAAAUUGACCCGUGUUAUUUCAUCUGUUGUCAACUCAGU